AUCAUCAAAGCCGGCAAUAGACUUCUUCCUUACUUAGAAUCGGCGAAUGUGUUGCUUUAAUACUAGAUAUACUUUCAAACUCCCUUUAAACUAAAUAAAUAUAGUUUAAAGGUCUUCAACUUUUUGCUAUCACAAUACCAUUAGUUCUUCUUCCAACAUGAUAGUAGCCUCUCGGUUCUUAUUAUGCAUAUCCUUUUCUUUUCGUUUUAUGCGUUUGUAUGCGAAAUGACCACAUUAAUAACAUUUGAAUUCGCUCUUUCCUCGAUCCUAACUUCUUCCACGUCCUCUGAAAGAGCCUUUUCCUACGACCUUCUUUUCCACGAUGCCAAUUUCUGGAAUGAUUGUUUGAACUUUCCAUUAAUAGAGAUUUCUUUGAUUAUUAUCCUCCGAUUCGUAUUGGUUUUUGAGGUGUUCUUCAAGUGUUAUUAUCCUUCAUACUUGUCCUUUAAAUGGCAUUUUAUCAACUUCUGAAUAUUGCUUGAUGGUAGAAACUUCCUCAUAGUUGCCAUGGUUAACUUUCUGUACCAAACUCGUAUUAUUUUAACGUGGAUAAACACACCAGCCUAAAAUUUCAUCAACAAAAAGCAUUGAGUGUAAUAUUAUUUCUUUAUUUAUUUAUUUAACAUGAAAUGUUGCAACAACCUCUAUCAUCUCUUUCCUGCUCUAUCUAUAUAUACACCUCUUCUUCAAUCUCCCUCAUUUGUUACAUACAUGAUCAAAUUCUAGCCAAUCAUGAGUUGUAAUGGCUGCCGCGUUCUUCGAAAAGGAUGCAACGAGAAUUGCAUUCUCCGCCAAAGCCUGGCUGCCAUACAAGACACACCACAAGCUCAGGCCAACGCCACACUAUUCGUCGCCAAAUUCUUUGGCCGUGCCACCCUUAUGUCCUUCCUCUCCGCCGUCCCCCAGCACCAACGACCUGCUUUAUUUCAAUCUCUAUUGUUGGAAGCAUGUGGGCGGACAGUGAACCCGGUGAAUGGUGCGGUGGGGCUGCUGUGGACGGGAAACUGGCAUGUGUGUGAGUCAGCUGUUGAGACUGUACUCAGAGGUGGAACCAUACAGGCCAUGUCCAAUGCAGCACCACAAGAUCACCAACUCGGACUAACUAAUGUCAAGGAAGAGACCAGAAUCGGCAAUGCGUCUGAAAGCGCCACUCAUUCAGCUUCUAGUGAAACAAAGCUUGUGUAUUUCUUUUGAAACAAAAUAGUGGGUCAAGUAUUUGGAUAUUGUGUGUCAAUGUUUAAAUUUGGAUUAAAAGAAUAUUUGAUUAGAAUGAGGUGAUAAUUUUGUAA